AUGUCGCUUGAUCAAAUGACGAAUCACGAUGAUCUCAUUCGACAAUUCAAUGAAAAAUUUCAACAAACUUCAUCAACAGAUAUUCUUGAACGUCUUCAGUUAAUCAAUAAUUUAAUUGCCAUUUGUGCGAGACAGAACAAUUUUUCAACAGUAUUCAAAUAUUUCAGUGAAACGAAUAUUAUUUAUUCAGAGCAUCAAUCUUCAAAUUUGGAAACUAAAGAACAACUCGAUGAAAUCAUGAUUAAUAUCUUGUUCAAUACGGCGAAAUCCUACUAUCGUCAACAAAAUUGA